AUGACACUCAGGCAUAUCAAUAUUCGUUGUUCAACGUGUGUCGUGAGACUGAGUCGCACUGCCAAACCGAUAGUAGAUAACUCUCCUUAUCUACUACUACUGUGGUACAAGCAGCCAAAGGGAGAGAAAAAAAGGGCGCGAUGUAACAUUAUUUAUAAGGAUUCAGUGAUGAUAUUUUCCGGUAGCGACGGUGCCAAAAGCACAUUUAAAGAUGGAAGCAUUGGCCUAACUACCCGUCAACCAUGGCCAAUGCCUUUUAAAAAGCGAUUGAUCUCUUUUCUUGUAACGAUAGGCUUGGAAAAGAUGCAGUUUUUCCCUGCGUUAAAUUUUCUUUGUGUUGGUGAUAUAGCGCUACUUAAAUUGUGUAAUUAUCAGCAGGCUCCAGAUAAUAUAUGGUGUCAAUAUUGGUUUAUGGGCAGUUUCUUGGUAUUCUUUUCCAAUCUUGACGCUGUCAUUGAUUUACCUGUCAUGAUCCUGUUAGAUCUUAUGCCACAAAUAUGCUUUAUGAGUAACCAGCUUUCAGACUCAAUAUUUAUCAUUGAUCUAUCAGCUCUUUAA